CUGCAGCUCCAGGCCGCUUUCAAUCGCCGACUAGAUGAGUGUCAACGGUGUGUCAUACUAAAGAUAGACAAGAUGCAGCAACAAGCUGAAAAGGCAAAAGAUUGCGUACUGCAACUGGGUGAUUUAUCCAUAGUAGAGCCAUGUCCAGAGAUGUCAGUUCCCUCGCACGCUGACGUCGUGAAAGACCUUAAAAAUGCAUUCGCGGGAGUGAAGAGUAUACCAGGGGCAAUAAGAUUCACGGGGGAGGAAAGUGAGACAGCAAUCUGUGAAGAAGGAAACAAACCAAUAGAUAUGACAGCUCGGAGGGCUCUUAAAAAGAUGAUGGGAGGAAACUUGGAGGCCGGAAGCCCACCAAGUGCAUUGGAAUGCAAAGCCGACAAGUGGGAGGAGUGGAUGGGGACAGUCCCUCCCGAUACUAUGACAGAUGUCCAGGCAACCAAAUUUGCCGCAUACCGAGAGCAGGAGAGAGUGAUAAAAGAGAAGCAAGAGGUACUGAAGGCUAGGUUACAGAGCGAGUUGAAAAAGCUGAGGGGUGAGAUUACUUCCACUGCUUUGCAGCUUCGCGAUGACAUGCGCGUCCUUAAGGGCUGGAAGGACUUGUACGAAGAGGAGCUGCUCCUCACACAGCUAACUGCUUCCCGUCUUGCAAAAAUUAUAGCACAAGAGGCAGCACAAGAGACGGUGGAAGGCAAGCUACAAGUCAAUCUUGACGCUGCCAGGGCAAAGCAACUAGAGCUUCAUACAAAGUUGCACACACAACAGCAAUCCUGUUGGCUAUUGGAGGAAGAGCUAGGUGCAGCAGAGCAUGAGCAAAGGGAGAACGCAGCUACCCUAACAGCUAUUCUUGGGAAGUAUCAUGUCCAUUCUGAGGCGCUAACCCUCAUAAAUAAAGCACUCAGCAAUGCGAAACGUGCUGUUGCGUGCCGCGACUGCAGAGUUGGUUCGUACAAAGCUCAAAAAUUGCAAGAUCCAGUAGAGGCGCAAGAGAAUCCAGAGCAAGCCCUGAGGAGAGGCAAUAUCGCUUUGGAAUAUCAUCUGGAGAGAUCAGCGGAAGCUAUAAAAGUGCGCAAUCAAUGACAAACUGAAGAAGGGAAACAGCAGUCCAUCGCCACAUACACUGGCCUUUUGUACUUGCAUCAAUUACAGGAACUACGUGGACUUGAUCCUGAUACCCCACUACGAAAAGUAUUGGCGGCUUCAGUAUGCAGUGUCGCUUCUCGAGAGCGGCUUGCCUUUGCAAGCAAAGCCGCCGAUGCUGCGCGCAAAUGCCUGGCUCUGCUUAAAAAGAAGAUGAUUCAAGCUCAGAGAGAAGAACUUUCACUCAAAUGCCAGCUCGAAGCCGUUUCUGAAGUGCUAGAGCAGAUACAUUAUGAUGUAGAUUUCCUUCUAAGGAUUAAAAAGGGGGCUGUAGGAGAGCUUCCUGAGUCCGUUGCGGAGCUAGGGGAGCCGUUCAACUUUUCCGAUUCUUGUCUUGUUGGACAAGACAUCAUCGAUCAAUACAAACAAAAACUUUUAGCUGUUGGAAGGAUGAAACUUAGUGGCCUCGAAUCUGUGAAGCUAGUGGACUUAAAGUCCAGGGAUGUGAUGGAGAGAACGAAGGACGUUCACUUACUUCGAAUUACCAAGAGCAUGCAGAAGGUGUUACAGCCAUCAUGUAUUGUUAGAAAUGCUAGAAUAAACAGCUGUUCUAAGGGUUACAUUGAUAAUAUGUUCAAUGCAGCUUUGAGUGGAGCGUCCAAUGGCCAAAAGGAGCCGCAUGGCGGCCCAUCGAGCUGCCGUCUAGAGCCGCCGGUGCCUACAGACGAUUUUAAGGAGGUUCAAAGGAGUGAAGGAGUUAGAAGGCUAGAGGAAAGAAUAACAGAGCUCCAAGAUCAAUGUGCUGCACUGCUUAAGGAAGUUUGCCAUAGGUUUGACGCUGGAGCACGUGGUGUACCAGAAAACAGGAAGUGGCAUUUGGUGGUCUGUGAGUUUGGAUGA